AUGUCAUUAGAAGAAGAAUUAUUUAAAAUUCCAAAAAUUCAAUUUCCCGAAGAUUUAUCAAAAAUUUCUUUUUUAUUUAAAGAAAAUGGAUUUGUUAAAAUUGAUGGAGUUUUUAGUAAACAAGAACACGUUUCUGAUAAUUAUUUCCUUGAAAGUGUUGACAAAAUUAGUUUCUUUUACGAGGAAGGGGCAAUCGAUGAAAAUACUGGAAAAUUGGUUGUUGAAAAAGAAAAAGCUUUAAAUAAAGUUGGACAUGCUCUCCAUUGGAUAAAUCCAAUAUUUAGACAUUUUACUUUUAAUGAAAAAAUUAAGAAAAUAAUAAACAAUUUAUCACUAUUAAAAUCUCCAAAAAUAGCCCAGUCAAUGUAUAUAUUUAAACAACCAAAAAUUGGGGGUUAUGUAAAUGAACAUGUAGAUUCUACUUUUUUACAUACAAAAAACCCUGAAAAUUUAAUUGGAAUUUGGAUUGCUUUAGAUAAUUCGAAAAUAGAGAAUGGAUGCCUAUAUUUUGCUCCCAAAUCACAUAAAGAUUUUUCUGAACAAACAAAAAAUUACAAAUUUGUUAGAAAUCAACAAAAUAUUGCCAAAAAUGAAGGGCCUUUUUUGGAAUUUAAAGGAGAAAAACCUCAAAUUAAUAAUUUAAAAUAUAUACCGAUUGAAUGUGAAAGUGGUUCUUUAAUUUUAAUUCACGGAAAUGUUUUACACAAAUCAGAAAAGAAUACAAGUAAUUAUCAAAGAAAUGUUUAUGCUUUUCAUUUAAUUGAUUUGGAAGAAAAUGAAGAAUGGGAAAAUACAAAUUGGUUACAAGAAAAUAAUAAAUAUAAAUUUCCUGAAUUAUUUAAAAAUUGA